UCCCCCAAAGUCCCCACCCAGCCAAAAUCAAGAGAGAAGGCCACCUUUUUCCUCCGAUCCUCCCCUUUGCCUCUCUCUGUGCUGUGCGUCAUGCCGGCGGCGAGUCGAAAUAGCAUCGGCGGCGGCGGCGGCGGCAGGGGAUUCGGUAUAAACGACGACGUGGACAUCCUGACGGAGGUGCUGAAGCGGCUGGACGGGAGGUCUCUGUGCGUGGCGGCGUGCGUGUGCCGGCUGUGGAGCAGCAUUGCCCGCAACGACUCCCUGUGGGAGGAGCUCUGCUUCCGCCACGUGUCCCCCGGGGCCCGGCCGGUGGUGGUGGCGCUCGGGGGAUACAAGCGCCUCUACAUGGUGUGCGUGCGCCCCGUGCUCAAACGCCUUGCCCUGGCCCGGCCUCGUGUUUGGAGCCCGGUUGAGGUGCAGCUCUCCCUUUCGCUCUUCUGCGUCGAUUACUACGAGACCCUCGCCGGGAGUGGGCCACCAUCGUCGCUCCUGUUUCUCUGCAACCCGGUUAACGUUUGACUGUUUUCUUUUCUUUUCUUUCCGCGCCAAUUGACAAAUUCAUCAUCGUCAUCAUUAUUUAUUAUUAUCAUAACCAUAUAUCAUAAGAUUGUAAGAAUAAAGAAAGUGUGAAUUA